CGGGGCUUAUCCAAAUUUCUUCCCUCCUCCAGCAAAACUUCUAGCAAAUCUACUUCAGAUCCCAUCGAUCCCACAGUCGAGUCUUCUCUUCGUUCAGAUCCAAAUACUUCCGAUCCUCCACCUCGUCCAGAAUCUCUACAGCAACUUGAAGAAUCCUCAAUUGCCCAUCCAGCCCCCUUGGGAAAGCCAUCAUAUUCACCUUCCUUGUCUACUAUUGAGCCCAAACCUGCUCAAAUCCCUUCGCCCGGACCCACUCCUUCAGUGAUUAGAACUGUCGAAGUGGCUACAAUUGCAGAACCAACAAUUCCCCAUUCCACAGUAACCCGAUCAUCUUCAUCUUCGUCGUCAUCCUCGUCUUCAAUCUCCUCAAUCAACAUGUCUGCACCUACUCCCACCGCUGUCCGCUACGAUGAGAAUGCCCAAGCCCAGGGUAACCGCCGCCUCGGAGGUGCCGUAUCCCCCGGCCCCAACUCAGUCCUCCACCAGCCUCCUGGCUCCCUUCUCAAGGGCGCGACAGAUGAUAAUGGAGAGCUCAAGACUGCGGCCCUCAUGCUUGGAAUCAAGCUCGAUCUCGAGGCCGAGGUCCACUUGACCGCAAGAGUCAGGGGCGAUAUCACUAUUGGGCUUUACUAAGACACUGUUGCUUAGCCUCGACACGAUUGAUGUGACAAGUUAUCCAGUU